AUGGACCGCGUCACCAAAUCUUCAGCAAAGAAGCCCGCGAAGCGAAGACGACCGAAUAAAAGUUUGGUCACCACGCUUGACACUCUGGCCGAUGCUCUUCCAACCGAGUUCGACGGUGAUGGCGAUGGGAAUAAUGGUGAUGCAAAUGCAAAUACACAACAUGCUGGAGAUAGACCGCAGGAUCAAGUCAACAUUAUCAAGCGGAAGAGUAUGAAGUCCCGACCUGGGGCUAUGAAGAGAAAGGAAAAACUCGACAAGGGUGAACGAGAUCGGUUCGCGAAGAAUCUGGCGCAACUUGUUGCUGCUGCUCCGAAACCUGUAACCACGGGCGAGACCAAUGCGAAGCGGGGAGACGGUGACAGUGACAGUGAUCCCAAGCCAACAGCGACGGUAGCCUCGACGAGUGAUAGGUGGGCGGCUCUCAGGGGCUUUAUCUCGCAGACUUUGGAGACGAGACCGGAUGUUAAGAACGUGACGACGAAAUGA